AUCAAGCAAGUCCCGAGGAUCAAACUGAACUUUCAUUUACCAAGGGUGAAAUCCUUGAUAUUGUAGAUAAUAAAGGUAAAUGGUGGCAAGCAAAGAAAGCAGAUGGUACAAUCGGUAUAGCACCAAGCAAUUAU